UCCACUACGCCACCGAGCUACUAUUUGUUAAAAUUAAUAUAUUUGUUUCUAUUUAAUUCACUUCUUUAUUGCAAUCAUGAUAAUACAAGAUAUUCUACACAAUGCUGUAUUUGUGUAGAAUAUCUUGUUAGGGUACAGCAUGAACCCUGUUAAAGUACAGUAACGUCCAAAUAAUUGACAUUAACACAUUUCAUUACAAUAAAAAAAAAAGAUUUUAAUUAAUGGUUUAAUGUCAAUCGUAUCUCCGUUAAAUAAUAAUGAUCACAAAAUUUCAAAAAUAAUUAAUAAUGAAAUUGUCAAAACAAAAAUAUAUAUCAACAGUGCAUACACAUUAAAAUAAACUUCAAUUGAAAUAAUAAUUUAAACAACUACAACAUUUCUGCAAUAUGCAAUGUUAUUCUAAGAGUAUUCCAUUCUAUUGCAAUUGAAAUGCGCAAAAAUGACUUUCCAGCUGAUAUUAUUAUAAAAUGAUUCAUUAUUAUUAUCAGUAUCACUUUUUAUCAUUGCGCUUUAUAGUGUUUAUACAACGAAUGCUUAUCUCUAAGAUAAUCGGGAUGUUGUUUUCAUAUCACUUACAGUUGGCCGGCAACUUUUCCACGAGUAUUAUCCAAAAUUGGUGAGUGUUUUUAAUAGAAUAAGAUAUCUUUUAGUUUCAAAGAACAUACUGAAUCUACAAUAUGAAUAUUAACUUUAUUUGUUGCGCGUCUCAUCAACAAAUAUAUUUUUUUAAUUUAUAUGAAUCAUAUAAUAUAUUAAGAACAAUGAGAACAAAUACCUAAGUAUUUGUAACUGUAAUGCCUAAUACUAAAUACUCUGUGUUCAACAUAUUUUGUAAUUCAUAAUGGAAGCCAGAGUAACGUCUUCUUAAUGUUGUUCUCUCAAUUUUAUGAAAUAAAAUUGUAACGUUCAAUAUGAAUGAAAAGCGUUGCAGAAUGCUGUGUUACCAUAUCUCAGGAUUCCAGUAGUGUAUUUUUAUACCAUAUUUACAUUCCAAAAAGGCGUUUUCAUCUUCUUCAUUUCAUAAAAUUCGUCAAUUUUCAGUAUUUCAUUUGGUAACUAAACAGGUCAUAGGGCCUGCCAUCCCGCAUGCAAGUUUUGAAAGAUAUCUAAUACUAUAUAAAAGAUGGUUUUCUUAAGCGGUAGAUGUGGAAUUUCUCGAUUACAUUACUCUACUAGUUAGUCUAUCAAACAAAGGUUAUUUGAGGUCGCUAAGCAGACGUGUAAAAGCGAUGGAUAUGGAUCAUAUAAAUAAUUAUAAAUUGUUUCUUCAAUGAUUUUCAUGAUAAUUAUUAAGUUUGUACUAAUAGAUGUCGCUCGCUAUGGGGCAGAGAUAGUGCCUAAAUUAAAGCAUUUCCCCUAUAAAUAAAAAGAAGUUCCAUGGAGACAUAUAGAAGGAAAACUUUUUCGAAGUCAGUCAAUCAAAUUAAUCAAGCUCGCCAUCUGGCGAUCCGCGUACCUAACCUGCUGCUAUUAUAUUAUAGCUUAAAUUUAUUAAAACAAGACUCAUUAUUAAUUUUUAUUCUAUAAAUAACUACAAAUUCUAUUAAACAGGAGUAUUCAUUACAUUUCUUUAUGAUUACAGAAUAACGUUAUAAGAAACAUAUUAAAAUUGGUAUAUCUACUUGACAAAAUUAGCAUUAUACAUACUAUUGAAAACAAAAAGGUUUUAAUUCUAAAUAGCAAUUAAAUUUAGUAGUAUGUAUUUUAUUUCCUUUUUAUCUAUUUUUAUAUCUAUCUAAUUGAGCAAAUUUUUGGCGUGCCUAUUUUUUAUCAAUACUAUACCUAAGUCUAACCAAAAGUACUUCCACAACCUCGGUCGUAAUGUAUGAAUGUAAUUUGUAUUGUAAUUCUAAUAAUAGGGAAAGAUGGCUUCUAUAAAAUUAUAACUGAUAAAAAAGACAGUGAUAAAACCAAUAUGUCCGACAACAUUGAAGAUCUGGUAAAAGCUUAUGAUGAAAAAAUUCACUAUCAUGGAUAUCCACGAAGCAUUGGAUUGUUCCCCAUACCGGAGUAUCCUGAGUUGGAGACGAAGGGAGGCAUGUGGUCAGCGGCGCUCGACGCCAUCCUCACAACGCUGCGGUAUCUGGCACCGGCGACGUUACUGACGCUGUUCUGGGGCCAGCAGAGCUUCUUAUUCAAACUCCUCAAGCAUAUCGAUUCCGCGUUCAGAGCAAUUGUUUUCUCAAGCGAAGAACAGAAGCAGUCCGUGUUACAAUGGCUGGGGGAAGUAGGACCUGUACAAGUGGAACACCUGGAAACAGUAUGGCGGCACGGCUGGAUAGUGUGCGGGGUACUAGACGCUGCUCUACCAGGCGCCUGCGCCGGCCACCCACCAACAAGACUCUCGCUGAAGCACGCUCAGGCCAUCGCUGAUCAUUAUCUUGGUGUUGAACCGGUAUUUUCCAGACAGGAGCUGGAUUCUAACGACUCACUAAGCAAACACCAAGAAUGGAAGCUAGCUACGUUCCUAGAUCGGAUUCGUCAAUCAUUAUCAAAACUGACACCACCCGUUUCGAAGCCAGCAUCUCAAAGAACAUCACCUGAGACCACACAGUUCACACUAGAUUAUGUUGCUAGAGGCUCGGGUUUGACAGCAGCCCAAAUAAAUAACAAAGCGCACUUCAAAAUAUACCCAACGUCUCAACAGUGUUUAGACCCUGGUGAUAUAACAAUUCUAAUAAGAGGGCCCAAAGAUACUUAUGGUAUGACUGUGCUUCCUCCUAUUUUUGGCAAAGCUCAGUUGAUCCGGCAAAAAUUGCUCGGUCUAAAUUCGAAACCAAAUUACACAGAAAAUAUUUUACCGAUUACACAAGGAGCUGUGUAUUUAAGGAGUUACGGUAAAAAUGACAUGAAUAAAACUUACCAUAUCCCAAAAAGUAAAUAUGAUAUAACAAUCGAAGCUGAGCCACAAACUGAUCAUACUAAAAUCAGUUACAUAGUAAAUCUUGAAGGCAAAUAUGAUAUUUCCAUUACAAGUCGGGGUCAAAGCAUUGUAGGAUCGCCUUUUACUGUAACCGGAUCAAAAAAUAUACUAAGUGUUUUGGAGAAAGAAAGUUUUUGUUUGGAGGACGGAGAAGAAAUCGAUAUUGUUGAUGUAAAAACAGACAGAAAAAUAGUAUUAAGAAUUGUUGAUUUCGUGACCGAAAAAAUGUUACUAAAAGAAAAUGGUUCAUUGGAAAAGAUUAGUGAUGAUGAAGCAAAAAUUUUAAUGACUUCUGAAAGCAAUGACGAAACCGAAUCCAUUAAAGAAAAAACAAUGGAAAAAUUAAUAACAAGCAAAGUGCGAAUUAUACAGCCAAAUAAGAACGAUAAAUUUUAUAACGCCGUUAUUAAAGUGAUAAUGAUUAAACGAGUGACUAACAUAUUAAAAGAACUUUUGGAUGCGCGUUAUUUAGUAAAACAUAAGAAAGAAAAAGUAAGCCCUUAUCAUCGAAAUCAACAAGACAUUCCAGAUAUAGUAAACUCAACUCUGACGGACACAAAAUUGAAUCCAUUUGUUUUAUCUGAUGUGCGUAGUAAAUAUAUUAUUCCAGAAAAUAUUAAUGUAUCACUUCGAAAUGAAAAGUCAUGUGAAACGGGAAAUACUGAAGAGAAAACAUUAAUUAUUAACAAAUACCCAUCCGUGCCUCCAGAAAGCAACUUUAAUAAUAAUCUAACAGAAACGAAAGAUGAAAAAAAUAUUUUUAAUCUAUGUGAUAUUAGCGAAGAAGAAAUAAUGGUUAUUUCAUCGUCGCCUAGUAAUCCAUUUUUGAUCGAUACAUACAUGCAAAAUUAUGAAACAGAAAAGGACUUGGGUAGUUAUGUAGCAACCGAAUACGAAACAAAUAAUGCCCAGAGCGAAGAAUUUCCAGAGUCACCUAUAAAGAUUCUUAUCGAAGAAAAUGCCACAUCAUCACCCAUUCAAAGUAACAAUCCAUUCAUUGACAAGGAUAUUACACAGUUAGAAAGACCAAAAACCCCUGUUUUAAAGAUAAUAACUGGCGAUAUAAAAAAUCGCGCCGAUUCUGUUUAUGUUGAUCCAAGAAAUGAACAACUCAAUGAGGAAAUGCUCGGAAACGAAUUUAUUAACCCAUUUUUUACACAUAAACAUCAUCAACCGAGCCAACUACAUGAAUCUCUACCUAUAACUGAUUUUAUCAUAGGGGCACCAGUAUCUUUACCGCCUAUAAUAAGAACAUCAACUCCAGAACCAAACCUGGACUUUUCAAAGAUUACUAAAAAUAAUAAUGUCGGUGGAAAGGCUAAAGUAUCAAAUGAUAUAAGCGAUUAUAUGUCAACCGAAGAAUCAAAUUCACUAUUUUCAACACCAUUACACAAUAGCACUAAAGAUGGUGUUAACACGACAACCUCUCAUAGUUUGAACUACAACUUGGAAGAACAUACAGAAGAUCUUAGUGCAUCUGAUUCUAAUACGCUUGAAUCAUAUCAAAUCGUAGCAAUACACUCCAAUGAAGAUAAAACGCCGAAUAAAGAAAUAUGGGAUUCAGCGUACGUGAGUAUUGAUGAAAAUAAUAGUACUCCCGACACUAACAAUAAUGAUAAUUCACAAUCAUGUGAAAUAUUUGGUAAACAAAAGUUUCCUAUUAGUGAUGCUACUUUUGAAUUAAGACAAGAGGACUUGUCAAAUAUGGGUCCAGCUGAAAGAGAACUUUGGCAGACAUGUAAUGAAUUAAACGAUGGAUUGAAGGCUUGUGAAGAUACUAGGAAUUUGAAUUGGGAAUCACGAAAACAUAUUUUUACACCAAUCUUAGAAGAAAAUGUUCGAAGCAUUUCAUCUGAAAUGAAAGAUAUAUCUGUAAUUGAAAUAUCCCAGUCAAAAUUCAAGGAAUCUGAUCCGAUAUCAGUGGCAUUUGCUGAACUAAACAAUAUUUAUCAAGACUAUUUUCCGAACCCUGAAACUGAAAAUAAAUUAACCACAAACGAAAAACAACAGUUUAAGGUCUUGAAAGUGGACGACAUGGUAAAAACCAACGAUAUUGUCGAUUCCGCAUCUGAAACAUUAGCAGAUGUGAAAAGACACACGAACGAUUUCGAAGGAAAGAUUUCUGAGGUUCAGGUAAAUGUCACUGAAUCAGAUUCAGUAAGUCAACCCCUUCCUUACCAAGUCCAAGACUACACUGAUAAUAAUAAAAAUAUAAAUACCAUACAAUUUGGUGACCACAGUAAAUCGAACAUAGUACUUGAGAAGAAAAAAUAUUGGGAUGAUCGCAUUCGCCAAAUUGAAGCGAAAUCCCAAGAAACAACGACCUUGCAAAAGAAAAGACGAAUAUCUUCAAAACACUUACGACAUAACGACUCACUGACGAAACGACGUGGUAAACAGAUUGUCAAAAACUUUCUUAGCACCCUCGACGUUGAUCAAAAGCUCACUACUAAUAGUCAAGAUAACACAUUAGAACAAAAAAAUGGUCAGUCUUUGAUAUCAGAACCCGCGCCAAAGGAAGUCAAACUUGUUGACAAAUGGAAAAGAUAUUGGGACGAUAAACUUGAAUCGGAAAGUAAUGAAACUGACAUGACGUACCAUAAAACACAACCAUUAGAAAGUAAAACACAUUCUAGUUCACAAAAAAAUAUAAAUAAAAUGAACGAUCAAGAAUUUUCUGAAAACAAACAAAUAGAAUCGAACUCAUCGCCGACACCUGUGAAACAAGAACUACCUGAAGAGGUAUUCAAAGCAUUUGAAACCAGUCCUAAGAGAUUUUUUGGCACGUCUAGAAAACAAAUUUUAAGUAAAAUAGAUACAUUUUUAGGAAAAUCAAGUACCGAAGAAAAUUCAUCAUCAGGGAUUCCCGGUGCUAGUCAUGAAACUGGUUUGGUUUCUAGUCGUAUAUCUUUAUUUCAUAGUAUAUCUCACACAGAACAAUUACCGUGGGAUCGAAAAAAAUGCAAAUCCCUACAUAAUAUAUUCGAACAAAGAGAUAACAGUAAAAGACAAAAUGUAACGACAAGUAACACUGAAUACAUUGAAUUCAAAACCAAUGCAGAUUCGAUAACGAAUGAUGCGGAUGUAUCUGAGAAUAUUUCAUUGCAAGAAAAACGAAAUAGACUUGUUUCUCAUACAUUCAAUAAAAGUUUCGAUGAAACCACUUACCAAAAGUCAAUAAUAUCCUUCAACAAAACUCCAUCCCAGCAAAAAGAAAACACAUAUGUUCAAAACAGCAUCAAAGAUUUAAACAGACGAGAUGAAAGAAUCCAAAAAUAUAAAAAUGCUGUUCUACGUCGUAAAUCUUUUAGUAAAUCAGAAAUGGAUAUCUUCAACAAAGCGACAAAUAAAGAAUCCGAAAAUGAUUUAGACAAACAUAAAUCUUGUGAUGAACUUCCAAAAAUAAAUGUUAAAAACGUGAUAUCGCUCUAUGAAAGUGUAUCAAAGACAUCUGUCGAUUCAAAACCAACAAGAACCUUCAAUAAAAAUAGUUCGAAUGUUCGGAAGCAUUGGCAAGCUAACAAUUCACAAUCAGUAGCUGUUAACAAAUCCAAUACUCCGACACCGACGUUUAUCUUAAAAUCAGAAGAUGAAUCGACAACAAAUUCACCGUCUCCAUCAUCUAAAAUACAUGAAAUAAAUAAGAGCUAUGAAAGCAUUAGUAGUUUAAAUACAGACUUUAAAACGGACAACGAAUCAAACGGCGUAGAAACCACAGAUAAUCAAGAAAGCACAUUUUUAAGCUUAUCCGAUAUAGAAUUAGAGAUCAUAGAUAAUUGUUCUGACAAUUUAUCUAAAUCACCAACACCAGAGCACGAGACAGCUCAAACAGACUAUAGAUCUCGAUUCAAAAUGGCGAAACAAUAUUUUCAAUCAUUAGAAGAACUAGUAGAGCCAAAAAAGCCACGCAAAUUAAACGAAUGUGAAAUAUUAUUAGGAAAGAAAUCGCCCACAGAGCUUACAAAUAAACGGCCGCAGAAAAGGGUAAAAAAAAACAUCAAAUCUCAUUCGAUGCCGUCAUCUGAAAUAUCAAAAAUUUGGCAACAAUUCCAAGAUAAAACAGAAGCAGACGCUGGUGCUUCUAAGCUCGUAAAAAUAUCUGAAAAGUUUAAUGUUGAAGAUUUAUUCACCGACGUUAUGGAAGGUAGAUUGAGCCGCCAAGGAAGCUUAAGAGGUAUUCCACACAAAAAAGCUGUUCUCGAAACGUUUAGAUCAAUGGAAAACCUUACAGAUAAGAAAUAUAGUCCUUAUGAUAUCGCAAUAUCGCAACUAAACGAAUUCGCUAAAGAAAAUCAAAUAAAAAACGCUCAGACUUACCUGAGUGAAUAUCCUUAUUUGCCUACAACUAAUCCGUCCAAAUAUCAUUCUAGAAUAGAUGCGAAAGCGUCUGGGCUUAUAAGUCUCAAGGAAAUCAUAAACAAGAAACCUAGAAGAAAUAGUGUGCCAGAUAUAAGAUUGAAUCCUGCAUUCACAGUAAAUCUUUAAAAUCUUAAGAGUAGAAUAUAAUACAACACGCGGCAAAUAACUUUGAAAAUGCGUAUGACAUAACUAAUUUCACAGCCGCAGUUAUGUACCUAUUGUACAGAUGUUAUUCUAAUUGAUUCUUAGUUUUUAUAGAAUUAUGUCCAGUAAAUGUUGAACAUUAGCAAGUAACAGUGUCAAAGAUCGUGUGUAAUAUUUUAGCAACUUAUUUCAACUGUUCUCUUCACGUGUUGUCAUAAUAGAUUUAAAAAAAAAUACUUGUACAUUUGUACAGAAAUUGAAUCUAAUUAUAUUUUAAGGAACUAUUUGUAUUGUAACUAUUUAUUCUUAAAUAAAUUAAUUAUCAAUACUUACCGUUUAUUUGCUUCCACAUAAUGAAUUGAAACAACUUAAGUACUAGAAUUAUUU